AUGGCGAAGACCGUGCACAUGAAAGGCCUCAAGGCCUUCAUCGAGGACAUACGGAACUGCCAGAACAAGGACCAGGAGAUGGAGCGGAUCGAGAAGGAGCUCGCGAACAUCCGCGUCAAGUUCAAGAAGGGCGCCCAGGACGGCAAGACGAUGUCCGCGUACGACAAGAAGAAGUACGUGUGGAAGCUCCUGUACAUCCGCAUGCUCGGCUACCCCGUGGAAUUCGGCCACAUGCAGGCCCUGGAGCUCAUCUCGGCGCCUCGCUUCGCGGAGAAACAAGUGGGGUACAUGGCGCUCGAGACGCUGCUCCACGAGAGCCACGACUUCCUGAGAAUCGCGAUCAACUCCAUCAAGUCGGACCUCAACUCGAUGUCCGAGGCCUUUCAGUGCCUGGCGCUCUCGGCUGCGGCCAACCUGGGCAACCGGGAGUUCGCCGAGAGCCUCACGCGUGACGUCGAGCGCAUCCUGCAGUCCCCGGGCUCCCGGCCAGUCGUGAAGAAGAAGGCCGCGCUGUGCCUCGUCAAGAUGCUCCGGAAGGCUCCCGAGAUCCCCGACCGCCAGAUCUGGGCCCGCAACCUCCCGUCCAUGCUCACGGAACGCGACAUCGGGCUGUUGCUAUGCUACGUUGAGCUGUUGCAGCAGUUCGUGGUCACGGACACCGCGGGCUUCGAGCCGUGCGUGUCGCGGCUGGCGCAGAUCAUGCAGCGCCUCGCGCCGGACCGCGCGGCCGCGCAGGCGCGCGACGACCGCGCCGGCACGCUUGACGUCAUGGGGGGAGUCCCGCGCGAGUACACCUACUACGGCAUCCCGUCGCCGUGGCUCCAGUGCGCCGUCCUGCGCGUCCUGCAGUACUUCGACCUCGCGACGCUCGGCGGCUCCGCGGUGUCGAACCUCAACGCGCUCCUCGAGAAGAUCAUCACGAUUGGACAGAACGUGCGCGGGCCCGUCGGGAAACAGAACGGCUUCAACGCGGUGCUGUUCGAGGCGAUGGCGCUCGCGACGUCGCUCGAGACGGACGGCGACGGCCCGAUGGUCCAGCUCGUCGUGUCCCUGCUCGGAAAGUUCGUUAGCGGCGCCGACCCGAACACGAAAUAUCUGGCGCUCGACUACAUGGGCAAGCUAUCUAUGAUUCCAGCGAUGCAAGACGCCCUGGCGCGCAACCAGGAGGCGGUGCUCGCGCUCCUGGCCGAGCCGGACGCGUCGAUCCGCCGCCGCGUCGUCGACCUCGCCGUCAUCCUCUGCGACGCCCGCACCGUGCGCGUGAUCGUGCACCAGCUGCUGGCCUUCAUGGACGAGGCGGAGCACAGCCUGCGGGACGAACUGGCGCUGAAAAUCGCCAUCCUCGCGGAGCGGUACGCGCCGGACCUGCACUGGUACGUCGACACGCUCCUCGAGCUGCUCCAGAGGGGGGGGGAGUUCGUGGGGGAGGACAUUUGGUUCCGCGUGGUGCAAAUCGCGACGAACAACCCCGACCUGCAGCCGUACGCCGCACGCGCGGCGCUCGAGGCCACGCGCGCCGGCUCGCAGCACCCGGACCUCGUCAAGCUCGCGGCGUACCUCCUCGGGGAGUUCUCCGGCGCGCUGAACCCCCCCGUGUCCCCCGGGGGCGUCUUCUCCGCGCUGCACGAGCACUUCCACGCCGCGGACAACGCGACGCGCGCCAUCCUGCUCACCGCCUACGCGAAACUCGUCGCGAAACGCGGCGCCUCGGACCCCGCGCUGCAACGCCAGGUCGUCGACGUCCUGAAAGGCCUGCGCGUCCACGAGGACGUCGAGCUGCAACAGCGCGCCACCGAGUACCUGGCGCUCCUCGAGCGCGGCCCCGCGACCGGGCCGGUCGCGGAGGCGAUGCCGGCGUUCCCGGACCGCGUCAGCGGCCUCCUGAAGCGCCUCGCGAAGGUGCAGGGCACGUCGGGCGACGGCGGGGGGGGGUUCGACGACGCGUACGGCGUCGAGGAGGCGACGAGCGCAAUGAAGGCGCUCCCGGCGCCGUCCGGCGCGCCGACGCAGCCCCUGCCGGCGCUCGAGUCGGACGUCGGCGGCGCAGCGAACGGCGCCAGCGCCGGCGGCGGGGGCGACGAUUUGUUGGGGCUUGACGACGACGGCGGGGCAGUGGGCGCGGCGGGAGGCGCGGCGGGGGGGCCGAGCGCGGCGCAGGUCGCGGCGUGGCGGCGGAAGAUGUUCGGGGCGGACAGCGGCGUGGUGUUCGAGGACGGCGUCAUUCAGGUGGGCCUCAAGUCGCUGUACAGCGGCGCGAAGGGCAAGCUGGCGCUGUUCGUGGGCAACAAGACGCCGCAGCCGCUGUCCGGCGCGACGUGCGAGGUCGAGACGCCGCCGGGCUGGCGCGGCGCGACGUUGCAGCCGCUGCCCGCGGUCGUCCCGGCGAGCGCGCAGGUGCAGACGCACAUCGGGCUCGCGCUCGUCGACGCGACGGCGAACUUCCCCGCGGUCACGCUCGCGUUCGACGGGCCCGCGGGCCGCGUCGUGCGGCGCGUGGAGCUGCCGGUGCCGGUCACGAAGUUCAUCACGCCGGACAGCGUCAGUGUGGACCAGGGCACGUUCUUCCAGCAGUGGGGCGGCGCGGCGAAGGCGCAGGCGAUGGGCGCGAACCCCGGCGGGCUCGACCGCGCCAAGGCCGUGGACGUGCUCGCUCGGGCGAGGCUGAGGGACACGGACGGCAUUGAACACAACCCUGCCAACGUGGUCGGGUGCGGGACGCUGGUGACGGAGUCGGCGCCGCAGGGCGUGCGCGUGCUCGUGCGCAUCGAGAUCGAUCCGGCGACCGGGCAGCGGUUCCGGCUCACCGUGGGUGCGGCCACGGAGACGGCGGCAAGUGCGGUGCAGGGGACGCUGGAGGAGCUCCUGGCGAACUGCUGA